AUGUUCGCCUACGAUGACGGCACUGGGGUCGAUUUCCCUGUGCGCAACGAGGAGGAAUGGGAUCACUUUCUGGAUAUCCUAAGAAACGACAAGAGCGUCAAUGGGGAGUACGACAUCCUGUUGCUCUCUGCAGGGGGAUGGGAGAGGUACAACUCCAAGCAACAAGAGAACAAGGAGCAAGGAAGUGGAAAGCCCGCCUCCGGAAAGAGCAACAAGCUACAAAAGAAAGUUUCCUUCAGAGACUCUAAAGACACACUUGCUGAGACCUACGUCUUCGAGAACUAUGCAGAAGGUUCUUGA